UGCGUGUAUCUGAAUUAGAUUGCACGAUUACAAAUAAGGGUAAUUUAGGGUCUGAUUAGCCUCUUAAUCUCGCAGUCUGCACGGCUGCAUCCCCCCUGCAUCACCCCUUAGAAUAAACAUCCACACAGGCAGCUAGGAGGAUGCUGGGAGGAUUUUUGUGAUGCUGCGAUGGGUACCUGCGGAGAUACCACAAUAAUGAGGAUCCGAUUUGAUUUCAAGUUGGUUUAGUCGUUUUUAUUAUUAUUUAUUUAUCAUUUGGGCCAUGGUUUUCCUGCGGAGGCUCACGCAUCAGCUGCUGGUGCUGCUGCUGAUGAUCCAGAGCUGGUGGUGGUGGCCGGGGGUCGCGCCGAGCCCAACCGACGAGGGAGCACUCCGGGCCGGCCACGGAGAGCACGGAGAGCCGGGCCACCAGGAGCCUCACAAGGACUCCUACAGCACCUUCGCAUCCGAGUUCCUGGAGUCCAGAUAUCUGUCCGAUGACGGUUAUCCAUUCCCCACCGCCCCACCAGUGGAUCCCUUUGCCAAGAUCAAAGUCGUCGACUGUGGAGUAACCAAAGGCUGCAUAAGAUAUGGGAAGCCAGGGUGUGAUGCAGAAACAUGUGACUACUUCCUGAGUUAUCGUCGCAUCGGGACAGAUGUGGAGUAUGAGAUGAGUUCAGACACAGACGGCUGGGUGGCCGUGGGCUUCUCCUCUGACAAGAAAAUGGGAGGAGACGAUGUCAUGGGCUGCGUCCAUGACGAUAACGGACGUGUACGGAUUCAUCACUUCUACAACGUCGGCCAGUGGGCCAAGGAAAUAAAGAGAAACCCUGCUAGAGACGAAGAGGGCGUUUUUGAGAACAACCGGGUGACCUGCCGUUUCAAACGACCGUUAUACGUCCCCAGAGAGGAAACACUUGUGGACUUACACCUGUCGUGGUAUUACCUGUUUGCAUGGGGACCUGCCAUACAAGGUUCCAUCACGAGGCAUGACAUCGACAAUCCGCCUGUCAGCGACCACAUGAUCAGCAUCUAUAAGUAUGAGGACAUCUUCAUGCCUUCAACAGCCUACCAGACCUUCAACUCUCCCCUCUGCUUACUGCUCAUAGUAGCCCUCACCUUCUACUUACUAAUGGGAACGCCAUAAAGAAGCACAGUAGAGCACAUAGUGGAAAAAAACAGGGAAGAGAAGAUGAAGCAGCAAUAAAAAAAAAAAACGUCUGAUGCCACAUUUGCGCAAAGAGACACUGUAUUAGAUAUAAUAAACACAAUAGGGAGUACAUAUUCAUUACUCUGAACUCAUAAAGAGGAUCUCGACAAAUUAUUAAACCUAUAUUGUAGAGGUGUCAUGUACUGGUGUCAGUACAGAACAAGAGGUCUGAUAAAAGAGUAGUGUUAUAGUAUAAAUAGGCCAGUUAUUUUCAGUAUUUAUAAUAGCUUCCAAGUAUUAAAAUUAAUAAAAAUAUGAGGACUACUCGUGAUAAUAAAUAAAUCUCACAAGUCUUCGAAAUACUGCAUGCACUGGGAAAUCUGGAAACGAUUUCAAAAACCCGCUGUUCACCGGUGACGAGAAGACAGUGCCUCAUGUUGAACUUGGCUAAAACACAAAGGUUUUCUGAGGAAGCAAGAAAACAAGCAGCUCACAGUCGUUUGCACACACUCUUCCUGUCCCUUUACUCUAUAAUAUGUUCAUAUGGAUAUCAUGUUUUGCAAAAACAAAAGAAAAAAGAUGGUUUAUUUGUUGUUCGUAUUAUCACAAAAUAUAGUUUCCAAGGUUGUAGGGACUGCCUACAGUAUGCAUUUACCAUGCAAAAGAUUUCCAUUAACCUUUUCUUAUGUUUGGCACUCAUCUCACGUUUCCAUAAUAUUCCUGUUGGGUUUGUUUAUCAGUACUGUGGCACUGUGACUGUGUUUAACAGACCGAGAGAGAGACUGAAGCAAUAACACACUGAACAGGAGCAAGCUGCAGAUUGAAGAAAACAGUUUGCUUGGACAUGGACUAAUUUUUUUCUUCCUCGGGCUGUUAUUGUAGCCUUUUGAUCUGUAUUAAAAAUGGAUGAAUACGUUAAAACGCCUCCCACUGAAA